GCAGAAGAGACGCAUGCCGCGAUCCGCUCUUACCUGGCGAAGGCUGUGAGCGAGGACGUGGCAGAAAAGGUCCGGAUCCAGUAUGGUGGCUCUGUUACAGUGGAGAACUGCGCAGAGCUCAUCAAGAAGCCGAACAUUGAUGGCUUCUUGGUUGGAGGCGCGUCGCUGAAGCCGUCCUUCAUGGAGAUCAUCCAGCUCUCCAGCAUANNCUUUGGUUUUCUUGGUCAGAGGUUAUCUUGCAAGCGCACGAGGAAGAGCACUCCUCCGCCGGUUCUGAAGAAGCCCAAGUUCUCGAAGGUGUCGGAGCUCCUUCCCAACACGAAGGUUCCCAGCCUCGAGUGUUAA